UGGCGCAAUCACAUGGAGCGCGCCGGGAAAUCGCCCCGCACGCCGGCUCCCCCUCUCCGCCGCUGCCCGCGCUUCUGGUUCGGCCAGCGGCCCCGCCUUCCCCCCAACUCCGCCCUCUCCGGCUGCUGAUUGAGCGGACGUGGCCUGAGCGGCUGCGGGAAAAUCCGGCGCAUUGGUUCGGCGCCGGGCAGAACCCGCCUCGGCCGCUCGGCUAGGAAGAGGAAGUCUGUGCUUUGGGUUACUUGAAGGCUGGCCCAUAUGGCUGUGUAUGAUGAAGACCUCCUGAAGAAUCCUUUUUAUCUAGCUCUUCAGAAACGGCGUCCUGAUCUCUGCAGGAAAGUGGCUGUAGUGCAUGGAAUUGUCCUGGUUCCAUGCAAAGGAAGCCUUUCAAGCAGUAUCCUCUCAUCUUGCCAGUUUGACUCCUAUGUUCUCCAAGCAGCAGAAGAGAACUUCCAAACUUUGAAUGGAAAGGAAAUCUCCAUACAAGGCAAUUUGAUUGUACUUGGGACUGGCUUUAAUCAUCGUCGUUCAGUACCUGUUCUCUUUGAGGAAACUUUCUACAAUGAGCAAGAGGAGAGCUUUAGUAUCCUAUGCAUAGCUCAUUCUCUAGAGAAAAAUGAAAGUGUAGAAGAAUCCUUGACGCCCUCCAAUUCCUAUCCCCUGAAAACUAUUGAAGAUGUGAAGGAGUUCUUGGGAAAGCAUACUGAGAAGUUUGACAAAGCGAUUGCGUCUUUCCACAGGACUUUCAAGGAGCAUGACAGGAAAAGCCUGCGGCACUAUAUAGAUUCUGUAAAUGCAUUGUACACCAAAUGUAUCCAGCAGUUACUGAGAGACUCCCACCAUAGGAUGCUGGCAAAACAGGAGCAUCAAAUGACUCUGAUGAAACAAGCUGUAGAGAUGUAUGUCCACCACGCUCUCUAUGAACUGAUCUUUAAAUAUGUGGGAACCAUUGAGGCAAGUGAGGAUGCAGCUUUCAACAAAAUCACGAGAAGUUUGCAGGAUCUGCAGCAGAAAGAUCUGGGUGUCAAGCCCGAAUUCAGCUUCAACAUACCACGUGCCAAGCGAGAACUGGGCCAGCUGAAUAAGUGCACCUCUCCUCAACAGAAGCUCCUGUGUCUGCGAAAAGUGGUGCAGAUCAUAAUGCAGUCUCCAAGUCAAAGAGUCAACAUGGAGACCAUGUGCGCUGAUGACCUCCUCUCAGUCCUGCUGUAUUUGCUUGUCAAAACAGAGAUUCCAAAUUGGAUGGCAAACUUGAGUUACAUCAAGAACUUCAGGUUUUGCAGCUCAGCAAAGGAUGAACUGGGGUACUGUCUGACCUCUGUGGAGGCUGCAAUAGAAUACAUCCGUCAAGGAAAUCUUUCUGACAGGCCAGCGGGAUCUGAAGGGUUUAGCGAGAAGCUGUUCUUAAGACAAAGGAUGAAUUUGCUCUCUCAGAUGUCUACAACGCCAAUAGACUGCUUGUUUCAGCACAUCGCUUCGGGCAACCAGGAUGAAGUCGAGCGCUUACUGAGCCAAGGGGACAGUGAUAAGGACACUGUGCAAAAAAUGUGCCACCCGCUCUGUUUUUGUGACAAAUGUGAAAAGCUAGUUUCUGGGAAGCUGAAUGAUCCGUCCAUUGUCACGCCUUUUUCUAGAGAUGACCGGGGAUUCACUCCACUCCAUAUAGCUGCUAUAUGUGGGCAAGCCUCGUUAAUUGACUUGUUAGUCUCCAAAGGAGCCGUCGUCAAUGCUACAGAUUACCACGGAUUAACGCCGCUUCACCUGGCCUGCCAGAAAGGAUAUCAGAAUGUUACUCUCCUUUUGUUGCACUAUAAGGCCAGCACUGAAAUCCAGGACAACAAUGGCAACAUAGCACUGCAUUUAGCUUGUACUUAUGGCCACGAGGAUUGUGUCAAGGCUUUAGUGUACUACGAUGUCCACUCUUGUAAAUUAGAUAUUGGUAACGAAAAAGGUGACACCCCCCUCCAUAUAGCUGCUCGCUGGGGCUACCAAGGGAUCAUAGAAGUGCUGUUACAAAAUGGAGCCAAUCUGGAUAUUCAAAACCGAAUGAAAGAGACCGCUGUGCAAUGUGCAUUAAAUUCGACGAUUUUGUCUUUAAUGGAGCUGAACUACCUGAGGUUCGAAAGGAGGCAGAGUGCUUCUCAGUCACUCACCAGGUCGGAGGACAUGGCCAGUCAAGUGUCGUCUGGAUCCAGUUUAUCUUCAUCCACCACAGCAUCCAUCACUAGACCAGACAGAACAAAAGCUUAUUAUAAAGAGGUAGAGAAACUCCUAAGAGCAGUUGCUGAUGGAGACCUUGAAAUGGUGCGUUAUCUUUUGGAAUGGGUGGAGGACGAUUUAGAAGAAUCUGAGGAAGCCGGCAGAGUGGAGAAACAGGAGUUCUGUCAUCCCUUGUGCCAGUGUUCCAGAUGUGGGCCCGUGCAAAAGGAACUCUUCAGGGUGCCCACGAAUGGCCUUGGCGUGAAUGCUGCAAACCAUGAUGACUUGACACCGCUGCACGUUGCUGCCCUCCAUGGGCGCGUCGACUUGGUCUCUCUCUUGCUGAAACACGGAGCUGACAUUGGAGCCAGAAAUUCAAAUCGUGCCGCGCCCCUUCACCUGGCCUGCCAGAACGGUCAUUUCCAAGUCGUGAAGUGCCUGAUGGAGUUUGAGGCGAAACAAAACAAAAAGGACAUCCACGGGAACACUCCCUUAAUUUAUGCUUGCUUGAAUGGCGAUCGGGAGAUAGCUGAUUUUUUGUUACAGCAUGGUGCAUCAGUGAACCUUUCCAAUAACGAGGGCAACACAGCCCUCCACAAAGCUGUGAUGGGAAGCCACGAAGCUCUGGUGCAGCUGCUCCUGCAGUACCAAGCAUCAACUCACACCAGGAACAACCGGCAGCAGACUCCUCUCGACUACGCUGAACAGAAUUCAGGUCUCUUCAGACUCUUACAAGCUGUAUCAGUGUCGGAAGAGGGAAGUCCGACAAACUGUGAUUCUCACACAACCGUGAAGAUCCAGAAAAAAGAGGGUCAGAAGCCUGCUGAGAUAGCGGACAAUCUUGUUGCUCAGCGACUUCAGCUGGUCCAAUCAAUCAGCCAGUUUAACAGAUCAAAAUACUUGCGGAAAACCAUAACGCGAGAUAAAAGCGUCCCUAACUUUGAUGACAAGCUGCUGCACCAGUUAGCCAUCAAGAGCUUCGAUAAGAGUAAACUGAAACCAGUGGACCUUUUGAAACAAAGGAGACCUGAAACCCUCAAUGCUGGCAGACAAAGCAAACCUGCAAAAGAGGAAGAUGACCCUGAUGCGGAAGCUACUCCACCUCUUCGAAGUAAGCUCAUGCAACGGAGACACACUGUCAACGUGGCCCUUUCGGCCACAGAUGGCAACAGCAUCUCUGAUGUACCCCCCUCCAGAGAGUCAAGCAUUUCCUCACUAGAAGGCUGCUCCAAUGACGAGGAGCUGUCAAGACACUGAUGAGGGAAGCAAGUGGGCUGAUAAACUAGUCAGUUUCAGAGGAUGCGUGUGAGCUUCAAAACCGGAACAGACAUUUCUGUUUUCAGCAAGAAAAUGAGAGAAUCUCUGUCUUCUCCGUUCCUCCGAGAGAGGAUCCCCAAAACACAAACUGGGCGAUUCCUCUUCAAAUGAAACUGUGAGUUAAACAUGUUUAUGGAGGUUUUCUGUACUCUUGCACUUGAAAUCAGUUACGAUGGACAGAGGAAGAGUUCUACGUGACUUCAGAAAUUCUAAUUUGAAAGGGCACCCAUAUGUUCUGUUCCUUAUUUUAGUUUUUGUGCCUCUGAAUUAUAACCGGCUCGCCUGAAGGAACUUGAAUAUUAGGGAAGAUUUGUAGGUAUAUUACAUGCCAGGUAAGACUGCAGAGUUCUUCGGUAGCUCUCACUGAUUUCAGUGGGAGGCGGUCCAUGCGUUUUUAGCAAAGAGUAGAACAAGGGAGCUUGAAAGUAACCACUUUUAAUAAAGAUAAAUUCUGUCUUAAGGAACAUGGGAACUGAACAAGAAUAUGCUUUUAUUGUGGUAAAUGUGGACACCAGUGAACACAUUUUUAAAUGCUCAUUCAACGGCUACAGCCCAAUUCUGUUUAAAAUGGCAAAUAUUAAAUACACAGGAAAGUAAUCCCAUUAAAUUAUGAGUCUACUCAAAGGGAGUACCUCUGUCAUUUGGGAUUUUACAGAAGUAGUUCAGCUGGCCUUCCUUUGUACUCCCAGAAAUGUGUCAGCUUUAGUAAACAUUCCAUUCAAAAAAAACAAAUUUUCCAAAGUUGAAUUGUAACUUGAACAGCACAAUAACUUCACUCAGUUCACAUUUUGUUAGUAUGUAAUAUUUAUAUACAAACUUUGUUUUGUUUUAAUGUGAUCCAUGACCUGUUUCAGGUAAUGGCUUGUGAUGAUUUCUCUGUACAGAGUUUCAAGGGUAGGCUGUCGAAAGACAGAGCUCUAGCGUGUUCCAGAAGGAGAACAAGUAUAUUUUUCUACUAAGUGCUUUGAGUUCCUCUUUUCUUAUGUGCCUUGGGACUUGUGCCAAAUGAUGGAACAGAGAGACAUAGUAAAUUAACAAAUCUUCAUCCUU